GUCAGCAGGUGAUCGAUGAGCAGCGGCGGCGCCUGGCGGAGCUGAAGCAGCGCGCGGCGGUGGAGGCUCAGUGCCAGUGGGAGGCGCUGCACGGCUCUCAGUCCCACCUCAUGACCUCCCCCUCGCCCUCCUACUCCCCCAUCAUGUCGUACAGCCACGGCUCCGGAGGCGGCCCCCCCCUGGUGCACCACUCCAUCCUGCACCACCACCCCCCCUCAGCCGGGGAGCAGCCCUACGACACCCUGAGCCUGGAGAGCUCCGACAGCAUGGACACCAGCAUCUCCACCGGCAACAACUCGGCCUGCUCGCCUGACAACAUGUCCAGCUUCGGAGGAGUGGACACGCUGAAGAUCGAGGAGAUGGAGAAAAUGCUGAAGGAGGCGCAUCUGGAGAAAGCCAGACUUAUCGAAUCGCGGGUAAGACUGGAUAAUAGAGUUACU